AAUUUUAGCUGUGAAACAGAUGAUGAUUUCAGGGAAUUUGUAGCAAAGGUACCUGAGGAUUGUAGGAUCACAGUUGUAUCAGAUUCUUGUCACAGUGGUGGAUUGAUUGAAUUAGCAAAGGAACAAAUAGGAGAGAGCACACAUGAAGGAGCACUAAUUUCAUCACCAGGCUUCAAAAACUUCCUACAUAAAACUCGAGAAGAUACACUCGAGGCUCGUGAUAUUGAGGAAGAACAUGGUGAACUUCAUCAUGGGAACCACAACUAUGUGAAGAAUAGGUCUCUACCUCUUUCAACUCUUAUUGACAUACUAAAGGAGAGAUCUGGGGAAGAUGAUGUAGAAAUUGGAAAGAUACGACAUACAUUAUUUCAUAUCUUCGGGGAAGAUGCUAGUUCUAAAGUGAAGAGCUUCAUUAAGUUUUUCUUGAACAAAUUUCAACAGGGAUGUGGUAAGAGUGGAGGUCAUAACGGGAUUUUGGGGAUGGUGAAAAACAUUACCCAAGGAUUUCUCAACUAUAAGCUUGAUGAUAGUGAUGAGGAGAACGAAGAUUCUGCCAACCAUAAAACUGUGGAGAAUGGAAUUUUACUGAGUGGUUGCCAAACUGACCAAACUUCUGCAGAUGCAAGCCCUGGUGGAAAUUCAAAAAAAGCUUAUGGGGCUUUUAGCAAUGCCAUACAAGGUAUAAUUGCAGAGACUGGUGGUGUAGUUACAAAUAGACAGCUUGUGUUGAAGGCUAGGAAGAAACUUCAUAGGCAAGGUUACACUCAGAAGCCUGGACUUUAUUGUAGUGACGACAGUGCCAAUGCUCCUUUUGUGUGUUCAUUUGAUCGAGAGUGAUACAUAAUAUGUUGAUUUUCAAGUACUUUUAUGAGUUUCAAGCAAUCAA